AUGGAGCCUGCUCAAAGAGUCCAGAAGCAACCACAGCAAGGUUUCUUUGGAAACCCUCUUCGAAUUGCCAUUCCUAUACUCAUUGGAUUGUUCUUUACGCGAUCGCCAUACAUGAUGUCGGCCACUGCUCCAUCAGAAGGCAAGCCCUGGGCUGACACCCCAAUCAAGCUGAUCACGACACCGCAAUAUGAGACCAAGCAGACGGACAUCUUUACCACUGGGGCGAGUCACAUGGCUAUGCUUCAUAAUUCAAUCUUCCGAGGAUACAAUUCAAUCUAUAACCAAGCCCCCCACGUCCAGCCGACCGACAAGAGCGACUUCAUUGGCUACGCCCUGACCUGGCACAAAUUUGUUGCCUCGCAUCAUGACGAUGAAGAGGCCAACUUGUUUACCAAGGUGGAGGAAGUGCUCGGCGCCAAGGACAUAUGGUCCGAGACACUAAAGGAGCACGAGGCUUUCCUCGGCGGACUCGGCGAAUUCCAAAAGUACCUGACCUCGCUUCCGUCCGUAUCCGACUUUGACGGCGCCGCGCUCCAAAAGAUCAUGUCUGGUUUCCAGGAGCCAUUCGAGCAUCACUUUCACCACGAGAUCGCGACGAUUGCAGCCCUCAAGGACCACCCGAAUGCGCCCAAGCCCGGCACGCCCGAGGAGGCCGCAGCGUCGGCCACGUUCAAGACCUGGGGCAAGACUACCGUGACCAAGGCCGGCACCCUCGACGUCGUUCCCUUCUUCCUUCUCAACCUUGACGGCACGGUCGAGGACGGCCUGUGGGCCAACUGGCCGCCGAUACCAGCUCCCAUCAAAUGGGGUCUCACCAACAUUGGAGGUUCGUGGCACAGCGGUUGGUGGAAAUUCAGCUCUUGCUCGGGCGGCCAGCCGAAACAACUAUACGCCCUGCAAUAA